UCUACUGCUCGUGGCAUUGGGUUGCAUUUCACCCCCUCACAUUUACAGUCAUUCUUAGCAUAGCAAGAACCAGGUAUAUAGGACCUAAGCGUUUUGAAAAUCACACUCAAAUGAUUUUGACUCCUCAAAAUCAAUCAUAUUAAAUUCCCCUGCCCCCAUUUUGUCAUUUUUAGAUCCUAUUUGAAAUAAAUAUUUACCCCAAUGUAAAUAAGAGGUUUGAAUCUAUUAAAAGCAUUUGUGUUUGAACGUGACGCAAAAGAUUACAAACAAAAGCAAUUAAGUGUUGGAAUGAGUUUGCAGAAGGGAUUAUUUAAAUGAUGCUUUGGAAAUGGAAGACGUGCGUAGUGUUGCGAGAGAAAAGAAAGGAGCGUUGCUGGAGAAUGCCUGCCAAAUGUGAAACAUCCAAUGUCCACAGCAUUAGAUUUCUCAACCUCACAGCUUAACUCAGCCAAGCAGAGGUGAAAAAGCUUUGUCGAUAUAAGAAUCACCACAAUGUCAGGCCUUGUGAACCAGCAACAAGGCCACUACAAGGCCACUACACACCUGUAGCUCAACAUUAUGUUCAACAAUGAUCAAUAGUCCCACUCUCUCCUUACUUCCUCUCAUAAAUAUGAUGAGAUAACAUCUCCCUCAUAUAUUAUUUAAGCGCUUAGACAGCUACCAUAAAGCCCUACUGAUGGGCUAUUUAAGGCCAUUGAAGAAUCAUGCACAUCAGUUGGUGCAGUCUUACUCUGUCUAUUCAAUUCUCAUCCCUUCACCAUUUCAAAUUAGAAGGAAAGUGGUGCUAUGAUAGGUGUCUAGAAUCUAAACAAAGAAGUGUAACACUGAGCCUCUCCCAAAGGGUCACUAGUCAAAAUGAGCUAGGUUUUAGUGACAGGCUAAGGGAUUAUGGAUUACAAUUAGUUUUAAAAUCCUCCAAAAUGAGUUUCAUUGACUUUGACUGUCCUCCCACUUGUCAAUGCUGAUGCCUGCUAUCUCUAUGGUGGGUAGGAUAAUGGCUAUAGAAUACCAUUUGACGUAAAUGGUUAUGGGAUAAGUGCUGAAUGGUGGAGAAUGGUAAUGUAUGAUUCCUUAAUGUUUGGAAUAAAUAGCCUUUCAGUUCUGCUUCGGUGAUCCUGAUCUCCCUCCCUUUAGAUUUCCUUCAAGUGUCCAGGAUCUCAGCAGCACAAAUCAUGCUUAUCAUCGAGCAAACUACAAAAGAAUGCUAGCUAUGCCCACCCGUGAAUGUUGCCAUGGCUAUUGAAGUAGCCAGUAUUGACCACAUCUCUGAAGCCAACAUGGAGUACACCAUGACCAUUUUCCUGCGUCAGAGCUGGCGGGAUGACCGCCUGUCCUACAACCACACCAACAAGACCCUGGGGCUGGAUAGCCGCUUCGUGGAUAAACUCUGGCUGCCAGACACCUUCAUUGUCAACGCCAAGUCCGCCUGGUUCCAUGACGUCACCGUGGAGAACAAGCUGAUUCGCCUGCAGCCUGAUGGGGUCAUCCUUUACAGCAGCCGGAUCACCUCGACUGUGGCGUGUGACAUGGACCUGACCAAAUACCCCAUGGAUGAGCAGGAGUGUAUGCUGGACUUAGAAAGCUAUGGCUACUCCUCAGAGGACAUUGUGUACCACUGGUCUGAGAGUCAGAUACACAUCCACGGACUGGACAAACUGGAGCUCUCCCAGUUCACCAUCAUCGACUACAAAUUUGUCACGGAGACGCUGAACUUCAAAUCCGCCGGACGUUUCCCGCGGCUCAGCCUUCGCUUCCAGCUGAGACGUAACCGAGGCGUCUACAUCAUUCAGUCCUACAUGCCCUCCAUCCUAUUGGUUGCCAUGUCCUGGGUGUCCUUCUGGAUCAGCCAAACAGCAGUCCCGGCUCGGGUAUCCCUGGGGAUCACCACUGUGCUCACCAUGACGACUCUGAUGGUGAGCGCCCGCUCAUCUCUCCCUCGAGCCUCGGCCAUCAAAGCGCUGGAUGUCUACUUCUGGAUCUGCUAUGUGUUUGUGUUCGCCGCGCUCAUAGAGUAUGCCUUCGCUCACUACAAUGCCGACUACAGGCUCAAAGAGAAGGCAAAGAGCAAGGCCAACAAGAUGAGCUCCGAGUCAGUCGUAAAGAAUGGGAAACAGGCCAUGGUGCUCUUCUCCCUGUCCGUGGCUGGAAUGAACCAGGGCCUGAUGGUGUCCAGCCGCCGUCCGCAGCGCUCCGGCGCCGAGACCGCCGAGGAGGAGGACGUGGAGCCCAGGAGGGUGCGGGGGACCACAGCGUCAGAGGAGAGAGAAGAGGAUAAGAAGUGCUGUAGUUGUUGUUCCAAGUGCUGUUGCGCUUGCAAGCCCCUCCAAGCUGACACCAUAGAUGUCUACGCCAGGGCUGUGUUCCCUGCCACCUUCGCCAUCGUCAAUGUGAUCUACUGGGUGGCGUACACCAUGUGAGUUGGGAGGACUAAGGAUGGACAGGCUGGCACCACCAAGGACGGGAGUACUGUACAUAGAGGAAAAUCAUGCCGCUUUGAAUCUUGGGACUUAUAUAGGGGCACCGAUGUAAACAAGGCUUCCUUAAGAAGAACUGGAUUUACGUAUAAUAUGGUGAAGUAGGGACCUGGUAAAUAGCAGAUAAAGUGCAGUGAAUGGACGAACAAAAUCAGAUCAGGUAUAUGGAUAUGUUCUGAAGUACAAGUUAUGUACAAGGGAGCCUUGAGGGGUAUUCGAUGUCUUAUCCUCAGUGAGGCUCACUGUAUGAUAGUCCAGCUGCUGACUUUUAUCUCCAAAAACCUUCACUAGCCACCCAAACUCUACUGCUGCAAUCCCCUUAGAAACUGAUUGCUGCCCACUAAGCCAUAGCAAUGGACUGGACGUUCAGCUAUGUCCUUUUACUGUACAUGUAUGAACUCUGCUCACACCAGCAACAUACACAGCACACUAAUGUGUCAUUGCUGAAAACUAAUGUGCACAACAAUUGUUGUUCGCUUAACUCACAAACACAUCUCAUGUGAUGGACUAACUGUUGAAAACAAAAACAUGUCCAGACUUCAUGAUGAUAAGAUGCGGUGCUGCAGGGCUUAUUCUCCCCACCGCCCCUCUUCCCCUCCACCAUCCCACUGCCUUCCCCCACUCUUUUUCUCCUAUAAUUCCUCCACCCAUUUUUCCUCUCCAGUUUGAUUUGGGCUUCAGAGCAUCUUAUCUCCUCCUGCCAGGUCUUCCUGUUUCCUGUUUCCUGAUUAUUAUUAUUAUUAUUAAAGGAUUUCCUCCACUA